CUUGAGAAAUAUACUUACUUGGGCUUUAACUUAACGAUAAAUUUAAGUAUUUAUAUCUCGGGAUCUUUGUUUUAUAUUCCUAGAUCUUUAGCUAGGGUUUGUAAUCGAUAUUUUGUACUCAAAUAGUUAAAUUUAAACAAGUGGUUUUGAUAUUUCUUGCUUGGCGAUCAAAUGGCCAACAAGUUAGGCCUCCAUAUCUGAUCAAGAUAUCUUUCUUUACAAGCUUUUGAUUUGUAAUGAUUACGUGAAAGAUUAAGCCAUGAUAUUGUAAUCUUAGCCUAUAUAGAGCCAUUAUAAGAAAAUUGCGGUUAUGCUUCUUGGUGACUCAGGAGUUGGUAAAACAUGUCUUUUGGUUCGCUUCAAGGACGGAGCCUUUCUUUCAGGAUCUUUUAUUUCUACAGUUGGCAUCGACUACAAAAAUAAAAUAGUGGAACUAGAAGAGUCAAGGAUCAAGCUACAGAUCUGGGAUACGGCUGGCCAGGAGCGAUUUCGUAGUAUAACCCACGCUUACUAUCGGGAUUCACACGCUCUUCUUCUUCUAUAUGAUGUCACAAAUGAAAGUUCCUUUGAGAAUAUAAGGGCAUGGCUGGCAGAAAUCUAUGAAUAUGCUUCUUCAGAUGUCAUUAUAAUGUUACUGGGAAAUAAGGCAGAUCUAGCAAAACAAAGAGUGGUUACACGAGAACAAGGAGAAAAGUUGGCAAAGGAUCAUAAUGUUGCUUUUAUGGAAACAAGUGCAAAAACUGGUUUAAAUGUUGACUUAGCAUUUAUGGCAAUAGCAAGAGAUAUUAAACAUCGAAGAAGCAAGAACCCCGCAGACCACAAAUUUAAUCUCGAGCAAUACGUAGAAACACAGCGAGAAAGGCAUAGCUGUUGCUCAUAGAAACGGUUGCCAAGCAACGAUAUUCCAUUCAAAUCAAUGUUGCCAUGGAAAUGGAAAGAAUUUUACAAGUUCGCGGCGGCUUUGCUGGAUAUUUGCUGCUGGAUUGUCAAGGAAUGCGAUGGAAUAAUCGCGGAAAAAUAAAUUUAAGAAUUAAAUCAAUAGGGAAUGGAACAAUAUUGGUACGAAAUUUUAGCUUUUGGAGCAUUUAAAAAUAAUGUUUGCAAAAAAAUAAAAAAUAAAAAUGGCGUAGAUGUUUCA